UCACAGAUUUUGGGGUUUUCUCCUCUCUCAUUUCUUAUUCUCCACCCAUACAAUCUCUUAAAACCUAUCUCGAAAGUUCAUCUUCAGGCUUGUUCGUGGGUCGAAAGAUUAGCGCGGUCUGAUUAUAAGGCUUGUUCGUGAGUGAAAGAUUUAGCAUAACCAGAGCGAUCCCAUUCUAAGUAGUAAAAAUGUUAGAGAAAGACAAACAGUUGGAGAUUCAUCGAGAUGUACUUUGCAUCUGCAGACGCCCAUCAGCUGUUAGAGUUAAACAGCUAAAGUGUCAGAGAGAAGGAUGUACCUUGUGGCUGCACCAGCAAUGUUAUCGUCGCAAAUAUUGCCCAUAUUGUUGUCUGGAGAUGCUGAAUCCCUUUUGUGUUACGUCAGCCAUCCUUGUCCCACCCACUGUGCUGUUUGAAUCUGAUGAAAAACUUGUCGGGCGUGGCAAGUUUAGGCUGACACCAACUCAACAGCAAAUGGUAGUUUUACCAGAGAAUCAAAUUCAGAUGUGGUGCAUGAGAUUUGAGGAUGACCAAUCUGGUACCCAGUGGCCGUUAAACUCCUUCCUUAUGGUUAACGAGAGCCCUUUGGCAAUGGAAACAGCACUAUCCGCCAGCACUCAUGAUCACUGCAUCACUAUUUUAGACAUUGAAAAGCAAGGAACCAAUUCUGUUGUGCUGAUGGGGGAUCCUGAUCCUAAAUCAGGAUCUGAUUUCUGUUUUGGAGUGAGGAUCGGGAAACAGCUCUCAGAAGAAAUGGUGUCGCAAAAUAUUGUUGCUGAAUCUUUUGAAGGGGCGGUUGAUCGUUGUAUUAAGAUAUUAACAAAAGGGGGGUCUGGUGCAGAUAUGAUACAGCUCUAUAAACUCAACCUAGUGUGUCCCUUGAGCCGGUCAAAAGUCAAGUGUCCAGCGCGUUUGAGAGGUUGUCAACAUAUGAGCUCGUUUGACCUUAUAAGCUUCUUGAAAUACACUAGAUCACAUAAGGAGUGGUGUUGCCCCAUUUGCAACAGGAAGUACCCCUCUUUCGCGCUGGUUUUGGAUGGAUUUCUUAUGCCAAUUGUUUCGGCAUUGCCUGAAAAUGUAGAAGGAAUUGAAGUCCAAGCUGACGCGCCUUUUUGAAAGUGGAGGGAGGAGCCAACUGGAGUCAACCUCAGUCUGCUUAUGUCAUUGCCCAAGAGGAGGUGGUAGGACCUGAAAUUGUGCCUAUCUUUUCCUCUUCAGAUGAGGAGAAUGUUGAUGUCGUUGUGUCAGCUGAUCCCCUGGCAAAUGAAGAGAAUGUUGAUGUUGUUGUGUCAGCUGAUCCCCUGGCAAAUGAAGAGAAUGUUGAUGUCGUUGUGUCAGCUGAUCCCCUGGCAGAUGAAGGGAAUGUUGAUGUCGUUGUGUCAGAUCCCCUGGCCCUGGGCUUAUUGAGUCAGUAUGGUACCGACUCGGAGUGAAGAGGGCUCCUUGGUGACACGAAGAUUGAAUAUCACAAGUCUGAACCAAACAUCAGUUCCCAUAUCAUUUGUUUGAUAUGUUUCUGCUUGCACCUAAUGCAUGCCUUGUGGUACAUUUAUUUUGUAUCUUCUCUUAAAUGACCCAAGAGUCUAAGACUAUCCCAACAGUUAACAUAGAAAUUUUCAUCGUAUUACUUUACUUUUGGAAAGCCUGUUCCUUUGAAUUGAUGGUACCACUAAGGGUGCACUUAUGGUAAAAAGUUUGAAAUAUUUCAAUUUUCACAGGAGCACAACCAAAACAAAUGAGAUGAAGGCGAAAGACAGUGAACUUUUGGUUUUAUACUAGGAUUUUUUUGCAACCUAAAGCUAAAUAUAGCUUAGUAUUUCCGGCUUUCAUGACUGGCUGCUCUGAAGUGAAAAUGUUUGUCCAAUGGCCCAACGAUGCUCCUUGAUU